AUGUGGCCACAAGCAGCCUCUUGUCUUCUCGUUUUUCUUGGCGGAAUUGGUUUCACAAAUGCUCUUCCCACCAGUUACGGCCGUUUCGAUCCAGAUCGAAUAACAGAGGAUGUCUAUCGUCUUCGCGGUUUUAUCGACUCAAAUCCAGUGGACAUUGCCGGAGUCAAAGCUUGGAACACAAUAUUGGAGGGUUUCGAGAAAUUCGCCCCAAUCGCUGACGAAGACGAUGAACGAUUGCCUUCACUGGACUCUCUCGAUGAUCUCUUAUCCGAGGUUCCCCUUGGUUCAAAAGAAGAGAAUCAUCCAUUGGAUUUGAAGGGAUUUAACGAUCUCUCAGAAUGGCUUCCCACCCAAAAUCAUCCGCAAAAAGGCGUCCCAAAAUCGGAAACAAACAAAAAUGAGAAGAAAACCCGA